UUCCCCUUUUUUCUCAUGUCUAGGAAUAGCCAGGCCUGUAGCAGUGCACUAAGGAAGCCAGCCCUGUCCCUCGCUGACAGCACAGAGCUCAGGGUGCUGCUGAGCGUCAUGUACCUGCUUAUUGAGCAUAUUCGACAGGAGUGUGAGAAUGACAACCCAGACUGGAGCAGCCAGAAGGAGACUUUUCGCACUGAGCUGGCUUACCCGGUGCACAAUGAAGAACCGUUUGCUCAUCUUCUCUUUAUAAUGGUAACAAAGUUCUGCAGCGGCCACUCUCCCCAUUUUCCCAUGAAGAAGGUUCUCCUGUUACUUUGGAAGGUGCUAUUGUUUACGUUAGGGGGUUUUGAAGAGCUCCAGAGGAUGAAGGAAAAGAAAAGAUCAGAGCUGGGUCUCCCUCCGCUGCCCGAAGACAGCAUCCAGGUGGUGAAUAACAUGAAGGCCACUGCUCCCCCACCAUAUGGCCUUGAGAUCAGGGAGCAGCAGAAGCGUGGGCGGAGGAGCCGCAGGGACAGCUUGGACCUUUACAAUGAGAAGGAUCCCUUUAAAAGUGAGGAGAAUCUGGGGGCUGAGGAGGAUGAAAAUGAGGAUGCUGAGGGCAUGAUGGACACUGAAUCAGAGGUACAGGAGAGGGACCUCAUUUCCCAGUCAUUUGUGGGACUGAAAACAAACACCGAGAAAUUGACCUUCGCCAAAGGGCUUCCCUGGGCACCAAAAGUCAGGGAAAAAGAUAUUGAAAACUUCCUGGAAAUGAGUCGGAACAAGUUCAUUGGCUUCACCCUGGGACAUGACACCGAUACCUUGGUAGGAUUACCGCGUCCUAUCCACGAGAGUGUGAAGACAUUGAAGCAGCACAAAUAUAUCUCAAUAGCUGAUCUACAGAUCAAGAAGGAAGAAGAGCUGCAGAAAUGUCCAAUGUCACUAGGAGAGGAGGAUGUGGAGGAGACGCCCAGUGAAUGUCUGUACCGGGCCAUGCUGUUCAACAUACCACAGUAUAUGAUCGCCCUUCUAAAACUACUCCUGGCAGCUGCUCCCACAUCAAAGGCCAAGACAGACUCCAUUAAUAUUCUCGCUGAUGUCCUUCCUGAAGAGAUGCCGAUCACCGUCCUGCAGAGCAUGAAGUUGGGAAUCGAUGUGAACCGUCACAAGGAGAUUAUAGGGAAGAGCGCCUCGGCCCUGCUUCUUCUGCUGCUCAAACACUUCAAGCUGAACCACAUCUACCAGUUUGAAUACGUAUCUCAGCACCUCGUGUUUGCCAACUGCAUCCCACUGAUCCUGAAAUUUUUCAACCAAAAUAUCAUGUCUUACAUCUGCGCCAAGAACAGUAUCCCGGUCCUGGACUUUCCGUCAUGCGUAGUUCGUGAACUUCCUGAACUGACUGCAGAAAGCUUGGAAACUGGGGACAACAAUCAAUUUUGUUGGAGAAAUCUGUUUUCCUGCAUCAAUUUGCUGAGACUCCUCAACAAACUCACCAAGUGGAAACACUCCCGUACUAUAAUGCUGGUAGUGUUUAAAUCUGCGCCCAUUUUGAAGCGAGCGCUAAAGGUGCGACAGGCAAUGAUGCAGCUGUACGUUCUGCGACUGCUUAAACUGCAGACUAAGUACCUAGGACGGCAGUGGAGAAAAAGCAACAUGAAAACAAUGUCAGCCAUUUACCAAAUGGUGCGACACCGCAUGAAUGACGACUGGGCGUACGGCAACGAUCUUGAUGCCCGGCCAUGGGAUUUUCAGACUGAGGAAUGCACACUAAGAGGAAGCAUAGAGAACUUCAACAACCGGAGGUAUGAGAAGAAUCUGGACUGGGAAUUUGCUCCAGUAGAUAACUGUCUGCAAAGUGUUGUGGGACAAAGUCUGGAACUGCCCGAGGAUUUCCAUUAUACCUACGAGCUUUGGUUAGAGAGAGAAGUGUUCUCCAAACCUAUCCAAUGGGAGGAGCUCUUGCAGUAUUCCUGACAACCUGCUCUUACUCCGCUUGUUUGCAAAACUCCACUACUUGAAUAUGGUGUCCAGAGGUGCACACAGACGUUUCACUUUUUGGCUCCCAUAAAGCUUUGUAACGCUCUGGCAACCAAGCAAUGCUUUGUAACGCUCUGGCAACCAAGAGGUUAAUAUAGAUCCUUUACACCAGCAUUACCACGAUAGUCCACAAGGGGGAGUUUGGAGUUCAGCCUAAGCUUACUAUACUACAGAACUGUUAUGUGAAAUGCAACUUGUCACUGAAUGCUAAGCACUAUUUGUAGUAAAAGGGUUGUGCAACAUUACAGUACUUGUUUACAAUAGGCACCUCGCUUUUUAUAGGCCAAGAAAAGAGGGGCAGAGACUUGUGAUAUAGAAAGUGACCUGUUUAGACUGGCUCACUGCAAUAGAUCAGCGCUGCAUAAAAUGUAUUUUUACCUUGCAGUUUACAGAGAGUUUCUUUUUACGCUGAUUCUGCUGAACAUAACCAUUUUAUUGCAGUAAAUAAAUCAGUGUAUUGCCAAAUAUACAUUACAUGUACUAUAGGCAAAUAAUCUGAUUCAUGAUGAAAUGUAGAUACUUCUGUGUGUAAUUUCUUACUAUUGUAUUGUUAAGUCCAAACACCACAAUGUUAAAAUUAUCUACAAGAAUACAAAUGCAAGUCUGAAGGUUCCUUAACUUAAAGGUAGAAAACAAAUCAGUAUUUUGUGACUGUACCUUAGGAAACAACCCCACCGUGCACAUUAGGGAGGGGCAGGGGGUAUCACUGAGCCCCUAUCUCAUUCUGAAUAAUGUAGAGGGCAGUUUAAAAGUGGGGAUUGAGGAGUCACCUGUUUCUCUCAUUUACAAGGUCACCUGCCCCAACUAAGCACCAAGAGAUGUUAGAAGCACUGUUACCCCAUAAGAGGAUCAUGUCACACAUAAAAUACCCCUAAUAUGUAGGAGAAUGUGGGUGAGUGACCUACACAUUGGAAGCUAAUGGGGUUACGUCCAAACAAGGAUGUGUGAUAAAUCUAAAGAGUCUUCUUAUCAUUAAAAUAUAUUUGUUGUUUGUAUUACUCAUUUCUGUAAACACAAGUGCAGGUACCCAAAUAGGAGAACUGGAAUAGUGUUAAAUAGGUGCACAUUUGUGAAAAAUCUAUAUAGUAUUAUUGUUUGUUUUAUUUAUAUACUGUUUGCUAUACUAAGUGAGGUAUGGGAAUGGUUAGGAACACCUAUGCAUUUGGCUAUAACUCUACCUUCUAUGAAAUUGGUAUUUGGUUUAGUAUAAAUUGUCCCAUUUUAAUGGUCAGAUAUUUUAUGCCUGCUCAUUUUCUGCAUAAAUAAAAAAUAAAUAACAUUUAAUUUUCAAUA